CCUGUUCACAUGGAAUUAUUGUUAGUAUAUUGCCUCAUAAUAGAACCGAGCAGUUGCUGAGUCCUUCCCAGUUUCCAGUAAUUGAAUUAUGUCAGUUCCCGGAGCAUCUAACUUUUGGGAGAUUAAGGCCUCUGUCUGGCAGAAUUUAACAUUUCUUCAAAACAGCCACCAUCAUUGAGGAGAAGUAGACAUAUCUACAAUGUUGUUUGCUCGGGGUUAUGAUAAAUAGUUUAUCGAGAUGAAGACAAUUUUGAACUUCUAUUUUCCCUCGUUUACUGCGUUUAUUUAUUUUGAAAGCUGCCGUAGUUUAAAAACGGUACGGCUACUUGCAUGCAUUGUUUAGGAUCAAAAAAUCACAGUAUCAAAAUAACUGAAAGAUUUUCAACCCUAAAAAUUAAGAUGUGAAUCAAUUGUAUAAUACAUUCUUUUCAUAGAAUACUAGCCACCCCUAUUCAGCUUGUUCAUUUAUGCCAUUUCCUACACGCUUAUAUGAAUUUUUCUUAGAUGAAAAUUAGAUUUAUAACAGUUGUUUAUAAGUACAAACUUUAAUCCUGUCAUCACAUGAUUCCUCUCUUUCGUAACUCAGCCUUUUCCCGUCAAUUCCCCAAUACAUGUGAAUUAAUCCAGAAUUGUUUUGACACAAUAGAGGCAAUUGUGACAUUGCGCUUCGAUCGAUCGGAUCUUUGUCUAUCACAUUGAUAUAAAAAAUGACCUUGAUAACCUUUCUUCCAAUCAAAUCAGGAAUACAACACUAAUUUAUUGUGUUAAGGUCAAAAAUGGUCGAUUAGUCUUGGGCUAAAAGAAAGUACAUAUAGGAAUUAGGACACUGUCAUGCAGAAUAUUAUUUCAUUAGUUGGACAACUACAUUUUUUGUUGGGUCAAGAUAACUUAAAUGACUAGAAUAGCCUAGUGGCAAAAGUAGAAAAGUGUGUACGUUGUGACAAAUCGGUUUACGCUGCCGAAAGGAUGGAAGCCGGUGGGAAUAUCUGGCACAAGCGUUGUUUUUGUUGUUCAAAAUGUGAUAUGCUAUUGAAUUUAAACAAUUAUAAUCAAAGUGAUCGAAUUCUGUAUUGUAAAAAACAUUUCCAAGAAGAGGUUUUGGCUAAAAAUACCCAAACUCCAAUCUAAUUUCUAAAGUUAAAAGAAAAUGAGCAGAUAUAUACCUAUAUCUAUAUUCUACCCUUCUCAUUAUAGCUAACAAUGAUAAUUGAAUCAUGAAAUAGUUUUAACAAGAUUUGCUUCUUUAUUAUUAUUAUUAUUGCUGGUAGUAUUAGUAGUAAGUUGUAACCGAUUGUAUACCUAAAUGUAUAUCUAUUAGAUUUAUAACCUUUAGUUAUAUAUCUUAAAGUGCGAAGACUUUUUUUUCUUUAUGAAUGUGUACCACUCCACUUUUUCUGUUUUACUGUUUCAUAAAUGUAACCUUUUCAUCGAUAUUUUCGUUUCUUACAAAUCUUUUGUUUUCUUCUCUUUAAAUCUAAUUCUGUUUGAUAUUUCUUUAUCAUUAGUAUAAUAAUCUGUUGACAAAAGUUUAUCAUUUCCCUGUUUUAUAUAAUUUUUCAUGGUUAUGUAAUCGCUUUUAUUGAACAAAAUAAAGCUUUCCAUUUACUGGGUUUGUUUUCAUAGUAUGAAAAAUUUAUCUAGAAUAAUAAUCCACAUGUAUGUGAGUGUCUAUGAGAGAGGAGUUUGAAUCAAGAAAAUAAAAGAUCACUUAUCCACUAAGAUCGAACUUAGGACUUCUAUAUUGAAUAUUAUAUUGUAGCUUACAAAUUAGCUUUUUAUGAGAAUUCCUAUACUUUAUGUUAUUUCUACG